AUGCGUUUCUCACUGCAGGCACUCUCCCUUUUCCUGGUCUCGUCCCAGGCAGGUUUCGCCGUCGCGGGACUCUGCAAACCGUCAACGACUACAACAGCCGCUGCGACCACCACCACCGCCUCCGUCCCCCAAGGAACCCCCAUCGACGCCGUCCUCUCCGAUGGAAGCGUGGUCAAUACCUAUCUCAACGACGUGUAUCUCAGCGAUCAAGGAAACACCCCCGCAACCUUCAUCCUCGAACCGACAACCAGCCGCCUCACCACGAACAUUGGUGGCAUCACAUAUUACCUGCAAACCGUCAUCCCGCUUGGCCCUCAACUCUCAUUCCAGUUUGACACCUAUCAAAACAUUGUGAACAACCAGUACCGAUACUUUGUCAAAUGCGACGUCGUCGCCGGCUUUCUGUCGUGCGCUUCUGAGAGUGGUUCAACGCCUAUUUAUUGGCACAUUGAGAGCAACAACAUUUUCUAUGGCAAUGAGAACGUGCUCACUGAUGUUACUACUGCGCAGUUUAAGUUCCAGUAG